AUGAAGGAAAUCAGUGCUCUCAUAGGACCGCCGCGGUGGUACCACUUGCUCGUCUGCUUGCUGACCUUCGUGCGCGCAUUUCCGUCCUCCUGGACAUAUUUCACGGCGUUGUUUGUCGCCGCGGACGUCGAACACUGGUGCUCGAGGCCACGUGACUCGACGUUCGCCAACUGGACGGAGCAGCGGUGGAAAGCCGAGGCCAUCCCCGUCAUCAACAAUUCUCGGCUGGCGACCGACCCGAAAUACGAAUCCUGCAGGAUGUACCCCACGGAAGCGCUAAUUCACAACGCUUCUGCAGUGCUCGUCGACCAAUCGAGAACAGUGUCGUGUGAGGCAUGGUCGUACAACGAAACGGCACCAGGGUCGUCGGCAGUGCCAGGGUGGGACCUUGUGUGCCAGCACGAAUGGCAGCGCUCGAUGAUGACAAGCAUCGUUUUUGCGGGAUCCCUCGUAGGGUCACUCGUCAUGGGGCACAUGUCCGACAGAUUCGGGCGUCGAACCGUAUUCUUUUUCUGCGUGUUCGGAGCUGCCCUCUUCGGGUCUCUGGGCGCGGUGUCCCCGUCGGUGAAAUGGUACAACGCCCUCCGCUUCUUCGCCUCCAUCAACAUCGCCGGCAUCCAGACGAGCUCGGCGGCCUUACUGGCCGAAAUCUUGGAGCCUCGCUUCCGAACGUUCCUCAACAUCGGCUACACCGCUGGAUUUGCCAUACCCUCGGUGCUGCUGCCCGGUGUUGCCUAUCUACUGUCAGAUUGGAAACUUCUUCAGCUUGUCUCUGGUCUCGUCGCUCUGACCAGCGUACCAUUUAUGCUCGUGAUCCAGGAGUCACCACGAUGGCUCAUCACGGUUGGCAGGGAGGAGCAAGCCGAACGCGCCAUCUCGAAAAUACUUAAAAUGAACCGCCGGAAGGUUCCUAACCUGAAGUCGACGUUGCACGUCAUUGCGGAGAGAAUUCGGGCAUCUUCGACCAGUGCCAUCGGCCCCAUAGAGAUUCUAAGGCACAGAUUGAUUAGGAGGAACGCCUUUCUUCUGUUUGUCGUUUGGUUCUGCGACAACUCCCUCAUGAUCGCUAUGAUGCUCGGUGCCGUGGACAUCGAGGGUAGCCACUUGGUCAACUUCGCCAUAUCCACGGCGGCCGAGAUACCCGCUGCAUUCGUCGGGCUGGCCAUGGUAUACUACUGUCGUCGUAAGCCGACUCAGGCGGCCACUCUCAUUUUGGCGGGGAUCGCAGCAGCCGCGGUGGAGUUGACGCCCCCCGGUUGGCCUUACCUAGGCCUGUCGAUGUCCAUGGCGGGUCGUUUCGUGCUCACCCUGUCGGCAUCGGUCAAGUGGGUCUGGACCAUGGAGUUGUUCCCGACAGCGGCGCGCGCAUUCGGCUUUGCCGCGUGCUUCACCGUCGGUCGCGUUUCGGGCACCAUGGCUCCCUUCAUGAGCGUUCUUGGCACGCGAUUACCAAUUGACGACGGUGGAGGCAUCCGAAGAACGGAGCCAAUCCAUUGCAACAACGGCUAUGCUGACCGAGUAACACCUGCCUUACCAGUGGACGAGGGUGGCGAAAUGGACUUGUCGGCGGGUCAUCAUGGAUAG